AUGCAUUUUCUCUCUCUACUCGGCCUCGCGGCCGUGGCCGUCGGCCAGCUCACUUCCUCGUCCCUCGAGAAGCACGUUGACUCCGUCACGCUCAGCAAGUCCUUCAACCCCAUCAUGGAGGCUUACUGGACCGGCUACCCCCACCAUCGCCGUACCCCCUUCGCCGUCUCCCCCGAUGGAAAGUCGGCCUACCUCGCUUACCUCGACUCCUCCGGCACGGGCGUCCACGUCCAGCCCAUCAACCCGACCACCUUCGCCGCUGCCGGUGAUGUAGUCACCGUCUCCGGCGGUAAGGAGGCUGCCGGUCUCGUUGCCCACAACGAUGGUUUCGCCGUCAUGACCAACGAGGCCAUCUCCGGCGUCACCGACCCCGUUGCCGUUCUCUACCGCUACACCGACGGCAAGCAGACCUUCAAGACUUACCUCGGUGGCCCCAACGUCGACCAGGGCCAGGCCAUGGCCUCUCCCGAUAUCAACGGUGACCUCGUCUUCUCCGAGAAGGCCGGUUACUACGCUGCUUACAUUGUCGUCACCGCCUACGAGGGUAGCGCCAAGGGCCACUUUGGCGACGCCAUCCGCUAUGUCGACACCACCGGAAAGCUCACCAACAUCCCCGGUGCCUCUUCCUCCUGGGGCUGCUCCCACAACACCGGUAUCGCCUUCGAGGCCGCCGACGAGGCCCCCUUCGCUUCCCUUUGCGCUGAGGACCAGGGUGCCAUCUGGCUCAACACCAAGACCCAGGGCAUGGACAACAGAGGCGUCAAGGUCUCCAACGAGCACGUCAUCAACGGUGGCGCCAACGAGGCCAUGGGUGGUAUGUCCGGCUCCUACAGCGUGCUGGCGCGCUUCAUCGGCGCCGACUCGUACAUCUUCUCCUGGGUCUCCCGUGGUGCCAAGGACCUCACCCUCAACGACUGGAUGGGCCAGGGCUACACCAAGUCCGUCAACCGCACCAACAACCGCAACGUCGCCAUCGCCCUCUUCUCCGACAAGAACACCCUCGUCGGCGAACAGGCCACCUCCGAGGUUGGUGCUGCUGACGGUGACAAGCAGAUCAACUGGGUCACCACCGGCUCCAACGACUGCUCCAACGCCCACGCCGCCGCUUUCGACAGCUCCAAGGCUCUCGUCACCUGGGAGGAGAUCUCCAACCCCAUCUGCGACUUCGACGCCAUGGGCUGCCGCGGUGCUUUCGCCGGUACCAAGUUCCAGAUGGUUGACAGCACUGGUAAGAAGGUUGGUGAUGUUGUCUCUUCUGACGACACCUACGUUGCCGGUGACAUGGUGACCAUGUCCGACGGCCGCGUCUGCUGGCCUUACGUCGCCAUGGACUGGAAGCUCGACGGUCCCCAGCGUGGAUCCCCCGUUUCCAAGAUCUCCUUCGCCUGCAUGAACCCCGGUGGCAGCGGCUCUGGCGGCAGCUCUUCUGCCCCUGCUUCUUCUGCCGCCCCCGCUGCCUCUGCUGCCCCUACCACCACCGAGGCCGUUGACGCCGUUGCUUCUUCCGGAGCUGCCGUCGACCCCACUUUCCCCGCCGGUACUGCUCCCGAGCCCAUCUUCUCGACCAUCUCCGGCCCCGUGACCCCCAGCGCCAGCGCCCCCGCUGCCUCUGCCCCUGCCGUUGAGCCCUCCGCUCCGGCUGCUGAGCCUUCUGCUCCCGCUGCCGAGCCCUCUGCCGAGCCCUCCGCUCCUGCCGCCGAGCCUUCCGAGUCCUCCGUUCCCUCUGUCCCGGCUGGUGCCCCUGAGCCCAUCUUCUCGACCAUCUCCGCCGACCCUGUCGCCACCCAGCCUGCUGCCACCACCGCCUCCGACCAGCUCCCUGGCGCCACCCAGGCUCCCUCCGGUCGCCCCUCCAAGACCCGCAAGCACCGCACCAAGACUCGCACCAAGACCCGCGGUGGCAGCGGUCCCAAGCCCACUGACAAGGUCUGCAAGCCCCCUCGCACGACCAUCACCACCAUCUAUGUCACUGCUUCCCGCAAGUAA